UCAUCCUCUUGGUCUGCCUGUCUACGAGAGGGAGAGGAGCGUUGCAGUGGAACAUAGCUGCCGGGGUAGUGUUGAGGGUGAAAAUAAAGUUGUAAACUCAGUAAUCUCUCAAGUCUUUUCCAUCUGACAGAGCAAGGAUGUCGAAAGGACCCGCAGUAGGCAUUGACCUGGGCACCACAUACUCCUGUGUGGGCAUCUUCCAGCAUGGCAAAGUGGAAAUCAUUGCCAACGACCAGGGCAACAGGACCACUCCCAGCUAUGUGGCCUUCACUGACUCAGAAAGGCUGAUUGGAGAUGCUGCCAAGAACCAAGUGGCCAUGAACCCCACCAACACUGUGUUUGAUGCCAAGCGUUUGAUUGGUCGUAAGUUUGACGACGCUGUGGUGCAGUCGGACAUGAAGCACUGGCCCUUCAAUGUGGUGAACGACGGCGGCAAGCCCAAGAUGGAAGUGGAGUACAAGGGUGAGGUGAAGACCUUCUUCCCAGAGGAGGUGUCCUCCAUGGUCCUCACAAAGAUGAAGGAAAUCUCUGAGGCCUACCUGGGCAAGCCAGUAACAAAUGCCGUCAUCACAGUUCCUGCUUACUUCAAUGAUUCCCAACGCCAAGCCACCAAAGAUUCAGGGCUCAUCGCCGGACUCAACGUGCUGCGUAUUAUCAAUGAGCCCACUGCAGCCGCCAUCGCCUAUGGUCUGGACAAAAAAGUUGGCAGUGAGCGCAAUGUCCUGAUCUUCGAUCUGGGUGGCGGUACCUUUGAUGUGUCCAUUCUGACCAUCGAGGAUGGCAUCUUUGAGGUCAAGUCCACAGCCGGUGACACCCACCUGGGGGGUGAGGACUUUGACAACCGCAUGGUCAACCACUUCAUUGCUGAGUUCAAGCGCAAGUUCAAGAAGGACAUUGUCAACAACAAACGCGCCGUCCGUCGUCUGCGCACGGCCUGCGAGCGCGCCAAGCGCACCCUCUCUUCCAGCACCCAGGCCAGCAUCGAGAUCGACUCCCUGUACGAGGGAGCCGACUUCUACACCUCCAUCACCAGGGCCCGCUUUGAGGAGCUGAACGCAGACCUGUUCAGAGGCACCCUGGAGCCAGUGGAGAAGUCCCUGAGGGACGCCAAGAUGGACAAGGCCCAGAUCCAUGACAUCGUCCUGGUGGGCGGCUCCACUCGCAUCCCCAAGAUCCAGAAGCUUUUGCAGGACUUCUUCAACGGGCGUGAACUCAACAAGAGCAUCAAUCCUGAUGAGGCUGUGGCCUACGGUGCUGCUGUGCAGGCGGCCAUCUUGGCUGGGGACAAGUCUGAGAACGUGCAGGACCUGCUGCUGCUGGACGUCACGCCGCUGUCCCUGGGCAUCGAGACGGCCGGAGGGGUCAUGACCGUCCUCAUCAAGAGGAACACCACCAUCCCCACCAAGCAGACCCAGACCUUUACCACCUACUCUGACAAUCAGCCUGGUGUGCUCAUCCAGGUUUUUGAGGGUGAGAGAGCCAUGACCAAGGACAACAAUAUCCUGGGAAAGUUUGAGCUGACGGGCAUCCCCCCCGCGCCCAGAGGGGCCCCCCAGAUCGAGGUGACUUUUGACAUUGACGCCAACGGCAUCCUCAAUGUGUCUGCGGUGGACAAGAGCACUGGGAAGGAGAACAAGAUCACCAUUACCAACGACAAAGGUCGUCUGACCAAGGAGGAUAUUGAGCGCAUGGUGCAGGAGGCCGACCAGUACAAGGCCGAGGACGACGCCCAGAAGGAGAAGGUCACAGCUAAGAACUCUCUGGAGUCUCUGGCCUUCAACAUGAAGAGCACCGUGGAGGAUGAGAAGCUCCAGGACAAGAUCAGCCCUGAGGACAAGAAGACCAUCACGGACAAGUGCAACGAAGUGAUCGCCUGGCUGGACAGGAACCAGACUGCAGAGAAGGAGGAAUACGAACACCAGCAGAAGGAGCUGGAGAAAGUGUGCAACCCCAUCAUCAGCAAACUGUACCAGGGUGCUGGGGGCAUGCCAGGGGGGAUGCCAGGGGGGAUGCCAGGGGGGAUGCCAGGGGGCUUCCCUGGUGGUGCUGGUGGUGGUUCCUCCUCUGGUCCUACCAUCGAGGAGGUGGACUGAACCCUCCAAGUCCACAUCAAAUCAUCUCAGAUCCCAGCAUGACCUCAAACACAUCCCCAACACAUGGGCCAACAGAUGUUGCUAAUCACCCCAUAGAAACAGCUUUCUUUGUUAUGUAAUAAUAAAUACAACUGUGGGAUUCUAA